AUGGCUUCUCCAUUUCAAAGCAAUGAAAUAAUUUCAUCUACUCCUACUUCUAUUCCUUUAAAUGAAUCUCAUGAGGCCACUCAACGUAGACCAAUAGAUUUAAGUAUACUUCAAGAUGAUGACAGACCUAGCAAUGACAGUGAUCAAUUAGGUUCUCUCCCAGAAUAUGAAGGGCCAAGAGAUGAGGAUUGUAUUACUAAUAAGAAGAGGCGAAAAACAUCAGUUGUUUGGAAUGACUUUCAUGAAAUUGAUGUCGCUGGAGGUGGAAAGAAAGCCGUAUGCAACUAUUGUAAAGAAAAACUAGCUACUGGUGGGAGGGGGGCUAACACAAGCCAUCUUAAAAGGCAUUUCCAGAGUUGCUUGCAAAAGAGGUUGCACAUGGCUUGGCAAAAGAAGCAAACCACCAUUCCAUUUCAUCCUUCCAAUUCAGGUAUUAAUCCUUUUGUUACUCCUGGUGCUAAGUAUUCUAAUGAAAAAAUGAGAGAAAUUAUUGCUUCUGCUAUAAUGGUACAUAAGCAUCCUUUUAGUAUUGUUGAGGAUGAGAUUUGGAUGUGGGGUUUCCAAUAUGCAAAUCCUGAAUUUCAAAAAAUUUCCCGUAAAAUAGCAAGGGCUGAUUGUUUAACAAUCUACGAGGUUGAGAAAAAAAAAUUGAAGGCUUUGUUGAAGAGUAUGAACAAAAUUAGUAUAACUACAGAUAUGUGGAAAUCAAGUCACCAAGUAGCUGAAUACAUGGUUAUUACUGGCCAUUUUAUUGAUGGGGGAUGGAGUCUUCAAAAGAGAGUUUUGAGUUUUGAGAAAGUUCCUGCUCCAAGGCGUGGAGUUGAUGUGGCUGAUGCAAUUUUUACGUGUUUGAAAGCAUGGAGAAUUGAAAAUAAAGUGUUUUUAGUUUUUGUUGAUAAUGCAUCUUAUAAUGACUCAUGCAUAAGAAAUCUCAAGGAAAACUUAUCACUGUGCAACAAGUUAGUUCUUGAUGGAGAGUUGUUUCAUGUCAGAUGCUGUGCACACAUACUAAAUUUGUUGGUGCAGGAUGGCCUUGGUAAGAUUAAAAAUGUCAUUCACAACAUUCGUGAGAGUGUGAAGUAUAUUAAUCACUCUGAUUCAAGGUUGAAGGCUUUUUGUGAUGUUGUUGAACAAAAGCGAUUAAAAGAAAGAAAGUUAAUUAUUGAUUGUCCGACAAGAUGGAAUUCCACAUUUGAGAUAUUAUCUUCUGCUUUAAAAUUCAAGAUUGCAUUUUCAGCUUAUAAGGAAAGAGAGCCACAUUAUGAUUAUGCACCCUCACCUGAGGAUUGGGAAAAGGUUGAGAAGGUUUACCAACUUUUAGAAGUUUUUAGUCUAGCUACUCAUAUCAUCUCAAGCAGUGAAUAUCCUACUGCUAAUUUGUAUCUUGCUGAGGUUUAUAGGGUGAAAGAGGUAAUUGAUGCUGCAGCAAGGGAUUGGGACUUCUUUAUAAAAGAAAUGGCAAAGCCAAUGAAGGAAAAAUUUGAUAAAUAUUGGGGAAAAUGUAAUGAAACUGAGGCUGAAAAGAAUGUGAACAAAGUGCACACGGCAUUACAAGUAUUAUAUGAUGAGUAUGUGAAUUUGAGUAGGGAAAAGCCAUCCUCUUGUGAAGUAAAUACUGAUGGCAGCAACUCCUUAUCUACUGCUGUAUCUAAAUCUUCAUUUACCACUGAAUUUGAUCAAAUUAUGAGCAUUGUGCAUGAAAAGGAAGCAGUUCCCCCACUGAAAUCAGAGUUAGAAUCUUAUCUUGAGGAGGGUGUUUAUAUUUCUGAUAGUAGUUCUAACUCCUCUUUUAGUGCUUUGGAGUGGUGGAGGAACAACAGCUUGAAAUAUAAGAUCUUAUCAAAAAUGGCAGCUGAUAUACUAGCUAUUCCAAUCUCAACAGUGGCAUUAGAGUCCACAUUCAGUGCUGGAGGAAGAAUUAUAGAUGAAUAUCGUGCUAAAUUGAAUGAAGAAUCUGUUGAAGCACUCAUUUGUGGUGAGGAUUGGCUCCGCAAUAAAUAUGGUUUGAAGAGAAAGCAAAAGGAGUCUGAACAAGAAGAGAUCACCUUGAGGAUUUGA